ACUCGCAGCUGUCGUAUGCAACUCUCGCCUACAAGGAUAUCAUCCCUUUUGUCAUUUCGACUUCCUCGUUAGUUUCUAGAUUCACCCAAUAGCAUCUAACUUUCAACCCUCUCAGCUUCGUUUCGGUUGCCAAGGUGAAGUAACUUCGUCUUUCUCAAAAACAACUUUCUUCUACCUAUCUUACACCUACAACUCGUCACUUCUGAGCAAAUAUUUCAUUGACUUGAAGUAUCCUCAAGUUAUUUAAAACUCUUUUGCUUUGUUGCGAACUUGCAAUUCUUAAUUAAUGUUUAUCUGCUAUCGAAAUUUUUCCUUUAACGAUCUAUUUAGCUGAAAAUAUUCGAAAAAUAUCCAGCCUCUCUUCGAUAUCUCUCGAUCUUGUCCACCAACUUCUGACCUAACCUUUGAUCAGACCUCACAAAUACCUAUCAUCCAUAUUUUUAAACACCUCUCACGCAUUAAUUGACGAUAUUUACAAGAACCUCUCGACGUCAACAGCCAUGAAGAUCCCAUCCGGUUUACUUGGCUUUGAUGGAAAACCUGUCAAAGGAGAAAUAUGCUUGAAAGGCGGCCGUGAAAAUGGGAAGCUUCAUGAAGAGGGUAUGAAGCGGGAAGGUAACCAUUUUUCCUGCUACGCUCUCACCGCAGAAGGUGAUGCCAUCACACCAUGCUUUAGCAUAAACUCAGGCGUUGUUGAAUUCGUUGACGUGGUCGUCGAUGGUAUCUUACGAGCUUCGCAUAGCAACGAGAAAGCCACCCAGGCAUUCAGCAAGAAAUUUGAAUGGGUGGCAGGUCAAGUUAAGAUACGGAACAGAUAUGUCGGAAAGACCUACCAGUUACAAAUCAAAGAGCGGAACAUCGAAAAAAGUGAGUUAUCCUUCCUAUAUAAUACCUUGAUACCCUAUUUACUAACAGUGAAACAGCACGAAAUGUCAAGGGUGGCGCACCUCAUUCAGUCGGUAGCAUCGAAAUACAAAUAUUCCGCCAAGAUACCAAUUCUCACAAGGCUCCCGCAAAGGAUUCUGAUUCUGAUGAUACCUCAUCAUCAUCAAGCGAAGAACCCGCGGAUCUCGGCCAUGCUGAUCGUGCACCCACGUUCGAAGAUCAUACCGAAUGGUGGAAUCUUAAUCCAUGUGUUGAUGAGGACGCAAUCCUUCCUUCACCUUUUGAAGUCGGCGGCGUUGGCCAUAAAAAGCUGCAGGAUCCUUUAAGAGAUUGUGUUGUGAAGAAAUGGCCAGGUGACUUCAAGCUUUGGGCCUCGUUCAGAUUCUUGCUCUUCUCUACCACCGAUUUUCACAAAUUGGGCUUCCUGAAUAUCCCGGACUAUGAGGGGACGUCAUGGAGUGACAUGAGAUUAAACUUGAAGAAAUCGCCCCUGAAGGAUGUCCCACUAACUACCAAAGCUACUUCCGUCGUUGAUGCGGGUACCGAUGAUAAUGAUGGUGACGCCGGCAAUCUUGUCCUAGAGUCAGAGGAUGAUACUGAUGAGCCUGUAGAGACUAUCAAAGGCAAGGAAGUUCAUAAGAAGAUUGUUAAGAGCGGUGCUUCUAGGGGAACUGAGGUAUCUGCCUCACUGGCCAAGGUAGGGGGUUCUGAAAGACAGAAUAUGAUCAUCAAAGAUUCUUAUUCAUCGGAAAUACAUGACGAAAGGCCUGAUGCUGAAGUCAUCGAAACUGUGUCAAAGCCUGUUCUUCCUUUAGAUGCUUCUCAACUUGCUGUUCCUAAUAACGACGAGGCUAGCAAGCCUGCAGACGCCGCGCUUCUCGUACCGAAUAUCAAGGUUGAGAGCGUUGAAUUGACCGGCGAUAGUGUUGUCCAAGUCAAUCAAGCUCGUACAAACCGCAAGAAAAAACCACUCUCUAUGCCCGGUGUCGAAGGAGCCCCAGCAAGAAAGGCCUGGAAAGAUCCCGCUCAUUCCGAGUGGUAUCGACGCAAUGUGUCAGGCUCAGGUUCAGGCGACUUGAGUACGAUUAAUACUGAUCUAUUGCAUUCAAAGCAAGAACUUAACUUGUCAGACAGGGCUCAGUUUUCAUCUUCGGAUGACCCUGAGCACGUGAGACAGUCCUCUGCGCCGUGUGUGAUUGGAGACGCACACAAGAAAGACAAUGCAGCUCGCUUUAAGUCAGUUGGUGUUGAGGCGAGUGGUCCAUCCUGGGAGCCAAUGACUCCUCCAGCAUCAUCAAAGAAAGGAGGUACGAAGCAUUUCCACGAUUUCGGAGACGAACGACGUUUAUUAUCAGGAAACUUUAAUGGACCAAGCCAAAUCGAAUCAGCGGUCCGUGCUAUUAUCACUAAGGACAACUAUAGUGACAAUAGUAGCUGCGAAACUAGCCUUGAAGCAAGUCCAUCAAUUAAAUUUCGCCAAAGGGUUGCAGAAAGAAAAGCUGAGAAAGCUAAGCAACGUAGUCUAGGACUCAGCUUCGAACAAACACCCCCAAAUUUUGAAGAGCCUGUUCCGUCUCUAGAGGCCGACAUGAUGGAAAGUAAUUUCGAUGACUUCAUUCACGACUCUCCCCAGCCUGAAGAUACAAGAAUGAUCGAUGCUGUUGAAGAUGAACUUGAGCCAAAGCUGAGCCCAGAAAGAUCGCCAUCACCUGAGGCUGAUCCUCGAUCUACAAAUACAAAACAAGAACAAGAUUCUGUGGACAAGGCCUUGCCUUCGAAGUCUCAAGAUUUGACCGCAUCCCAAGAUAAUGAAUAUGGUUCUCAAACACCCACAGAAGAGGCCUCACAGAGCGUGCUUGAAGAGGUCGCAAAGAUGCAAAGGAUUGAAAAGGCCAAACGAUAUCCAUCAAGUGCUAUCCCUGAGGAAAAUGCCGAAAAAUCUAGCGAAUCACUUCAACUCGGAAUCCCACCAAACAUCGAAAUGAUUGGUUCCAACAGCAAUGAUUUGCUUGCCAAAGUCGCGAAGUCUAACAGCAAACCUAAUGAUGCACCUGUCAAUAUUGGAAACCAACAGGAUGGUCGGCAAGAUUCUCCUGCCAAGGUUGAUGAGUCUACCGUAAUGGUUACUUCAAUUGAGCCAGCCAAACAGCCAAAGGCGAGAGUCCCAGCUGCUUUCAAAUCCUCAUCUGCUCCAAAGACACAGUCCACACCCGCUCAAAAGACGCCAGCUGUAAAAGUUGAACGCUCUUCAAAAGUCCCAGCUCAAUCUGAGCAAUCCCAAGCCAAGCCAAAGAAACCAGCUCCAAAGGUUUCAAAGGUUCCAAAUGCUGUAGGUGGCCCAAAGACAGCAAAGGCUGCAACACCUGCCAUUGCUGAAGAAACCACAUCUAACCACAAGGGCAAAGCCAGCUCUAAGGCCGAAACAAAUGACAAGCGUAAAGCCGAUCAAAUGACCUCUGCCGGUAGCACUUCAGGACCAAAUAAGACAAAUUCAUCUCCCGCUUUGAAGCAAACUUCUAUCGUUGAACGUGAAACAGCUGCGGCAGAAGCACGUAUGCAAGCAGCUGCAGAAAAGAAGCGAGCUUUGGAAGAGCAGUUGGAGGCAGCCCAUAAUAUGAAGGUGCAGAUGGAAAAAGUAAAUCCUAAUACUUCGAUUUUGCUCCGGUCAAAUAACUAACUUGUUUGACAGGCAAAUGAAAUCAAUAGACAAGCCCAAGCUUUGGAGGAAGAAAAUGCUGCAUUGGAGGUAAGUUUUCAUUCUCUAAUGGAGCACCACAUGCUAAUCCAUGGAUUUCAGGCUGAAAUUGCGAAAAUCUCGGCACAAUACGUUGCCUAGUAAGCUUACUUCAUCAACUUGGAGAUAAACUGCCAAAGCUAAGAGCUUGUAAUGGAUGGCCGUCUCACGGUCUUCUACAUCAACCAUAUCUCUCCUUUUCAGGAAUGGCUUGUUAUUACAUCAUCACUCCUUUUUACAACAUGUUUCGCA